AUUUUUGUAACGUUUCCUUCUGUCUUAUUAAUCUGCAGGGUCAUGUGAUUGCUCUAUACAUGUGCUGUACAGUGUUCAUUCAGAAAGCCAAUUGUGCCUGGCUCUGCUGCCAUGGCAACCAGCAACAGUGACGCUGAAGGCAGUUGUGCGAGCAAGACCCAGCACUGGGAGCAGUGCGCUUGGCGGUGCUGAGACUCUGCAGGGCGAUCAAGCUCCACGGAGACAUGGCCACCAGCUGGAUGUCAGUGCCGGCGGCAAAGAGUGUCCUGGUGUUCAGGAACGGCGACCCCUUCCAUACGGGCCAGCGGCUGCUGCUGCGGCCAAGGGCUGGGGCCACGCUGGAGGCCUUCCUUAACGAGGUGACGCAGAGCAUUGGGGCCGCGGUGGCGGUCAGGGCCCUGCACACCCCCCGGCACGGCCACCGCGUGCGGGACCUGCAGGAGCUGCGGCCCAGGGGCGCCUACGUGGCCACCGGUGUGGAGAAGUUCAAGAAGCUGGAUUACUUGAACACAGGAGCCAGGAGACCGGAAGCAGGCCGAGGUGCUGCUGGACCGCAGGUACAGCCCCCCCAGAGGCCCAGUGUGUCUGCCAGGUGGAGGAAGGCUGUGCACCUUCCCUGUGUUGUGCACGUGUUCCGUAAUGGCGACGUUCUGGCCCCCCCACUGCGCCUCCUCAUCCCCCGGAGCCUGCAGCGGGACCUGGAGCAGGUGCUGGGCCUACUCACUGAGAAGACUGACCUUCGCACUGGAGCUGUGCGCAGGCUGUGCACUCUGGAAGGUGGGACUGUGUCAUCUGUGGACGAGCUGGUGAGCGGCCAAUAUUACGUUGCUGUGGGGACAGAGAAGUUUAAGAAGUUGCCGUAUGUUGAGAUGCUUGUCCAGAAAGCACCCGGCGCAGGCCUCAGGAACCACCCCAGAAGCCGGAAGCUUCCACAGCAUCGGCAGCAGACCAGGAAGCCCGUCAGUGUCCCACAGGAUAGGUACAGCGACUCGGCGCUGCUGGUGUCCCCAGAGGGCGACAGCCGGCGAGUCAGAUCCACUGGGGAUGAGGCAGAGGGCGGAGGGCCCAGGGAGGGUAGGAGCCCCAAAAAGGAAGAAUCUCUCUUCUAUGCCAAGCCCAUGAGGGUCCACAAGAACCGAGCUGGAUCCAGAGUCCCAGCAGCGAAGGGGGGACAGGCACAGUCCAGUGUGUUUAAUGGUGCUGUGAGGAAGAGGAGGGAGGAGACGCAGGGCGCUCAGCAAGUGGCCGAGGAUGAAGACACUGCUGUAGAGCUUCCUCUUGAUCAGAGGGUGUCAGAGACGGUGGAGGAUGAAGCUCUUGGUGAAGAUGAUGGCAGGGCUUCCCCCAAGGAUCACAGACCGCAGCAGCUGGCCACUCAGAACUGGAGAACUCAGUCUUCGAGGUCAGAUCUACAAAGUGAUCACAUCGAAGGAGCCAACAGCCCAGGCCUGCAGACCACCCGGAAAGAAGAAACAAAUUUCCAUGGAUCCAGACCAACAUCUAGGACCUCAGGGAGUUCUCUGACCCACCAAGAAGUCAAGUAUAACUGAGACCAACUACCUGAUGGCAUAAUUACUGUGUGAGACAAGCACAGUUACACCUAACGGUGCUUGGAUGUUCAGUUCAAGCAGCACAGGACAGAACUGCAGCCCAGGCCUGGAGGAGGAGAAAUUUCCUGCCAGCCUUUCUAAACUUUAGGGUUCAUAAUCAGUAAUAUGUAAACUUACACAACAACAGCCUGAAAGUAAUAUAAUAUAUAUUACCCACCAGUGGGUGUCACAUGACCUAGUUCACCAAUUACAGUGCAGUGUGAAGGACCGGAAAACCUGGAGUCAAUUGCAGAAAUUCUUUCAUCAAAUUCAGCUAUUGAAUAAGCCUCAAUGCUUUUGGAUGCUCUGUUCCAAAGCAGCAACAUCAAAUGUCAUUCAAGUACAUUUAUUAACUGCUUAAUUAUGAUUACAUACAUUAACACAUCUAAGAAAUGUACAACUAAAAAUCCUUUCACAUAAAAAUGGGAUUUUUAAUAA